AUGUCCGUCCCAAAAAUGGACAAGCGCCGCCGUAUUGACCUUCCUUUCCGGGAACUCCUCGCUGCUCAAUAUGUAGAGACCGAGGACCACUACGAGGCUUGGAGAAAGGCAAUGACCCAGUACCACCAACAGCAGGGCGAGCACGAUGCCGCUGCAAACAUCGCCACCACGGAGGGUGAGAUCCCGCUGCCGCUCCCCGAGAGCAUCUUGACCAACAAGAAGCCAGGUCCAGAAGGUCUCCCUGUUAUCCACGAGAACCUCCCCGCCAUCAAUGCGGCUGGUCUCAACCACAUCCUCUCCCAGUGCAAGCCCAACGAUCCUAACUCACAGGAGAUCAUGAAACAGAACACUGCCCGUCUAGUGGAGUGCGGUCUGGUCGACAAGCUGGGACUUGGGACCCCUCAGCCUCAAACUCCUACCGCUGAAACCACAACCACACCUUCACCCAAAGAAUUUGAAACUUCUGAUAAACUCGAAGAAGAGCGCAAGACUCAGUCCUCUGGUGAACCUGGAAGAGAGCGCAACAUCGAUCUUUCUCGCGUUCAGACUGCGCACCAGCGCUACUGGUCUGCCAUGGGUGGUUCGACUAAGGACUUCUUUUAG